AUGGGCCUAUUGACAAUACCUGCAACUGAAGAAUCUUUUAUAUAAUACCUGAAUGCCUCUCAAUACAUUUUUGCUAAUAACUAUGUGUUUUUAAUGAACUAAGACAUCAUCCCAGUUCUAAUACCUUACAAUGCAACUGAUGAAUUGCUAGAUGAGUUGCUAUCAUCAGUGAAUGGAGUGUUUCUAACUGGAGGUAACAUUGAUCUAAUAGACUCAGAGACUGGGUAGAAACACCGUUACAUGUAUUCCGUAUUUACUUCUGACUAUGAUAAAUAUGCAGGAUUAAAUAGAAACUUGAAAAUUACUAGUACCUAUACAGGUAAUGAUGGAACAGAAAUAGUUGUUUCUGUUGAACAUUAAAUAUACCCUAUCUAUGGUAUGAUUAAUCACCCUGAAAUUGUAUUUGAUAAAACUAUUGAUAUCAAUGUUAGCAGAAGUCCAAUACAAUUCAAGUUUGCAAAACAAGUUGCAUAGUUCUUAAAAUAAAUGUGCCAGAAAAGCACCUAGUAAUUUCAAUCAUAAGACUUCCUAAAUUAAUGGAAAGUAGAAAAUAGCAUUCCAGGCCAGUUAGGCUUUAUUUAUUAUUUUUCUGACACUUUUGGAAUAAAUUAUGAAGGAUGA